UUUGUACGAUCUUUAGAGCUUCCUCGAACGCCACAGUCUUAGUUGUCUGUUAAUUAUUGAAUUAAUAAAAUAAUCUGAUGAAAAAAAAAAAAGGAACGAAAACAAGACACGCGAGACUUAUCUUCUUUCUUUCUCUGGUGAAGCGUGGAAUGCGAGCAUCCUCGGGCGCGCGCGAAAAACGGUCACGCAAAGUGAGAGUAGCCCACGAUGACGUUUCUUCUUCUACCUACGCUUGUGCUGUGCUUGUGUUCGAUGUACGGAGGAACGAGGUUUCGAAGAAAGUUUCAGUUGCCGUGGAACUGUGACACGAUCAUCCGCGAAGCGAAACACCGGUAUAUUUUACCGACAAAGCAGUUUGCCGCUUCGAAAGAAAAUUACAAUUUACGUUAUUUAUUCUCCAUUUAUUCUUUUUUUUUUAAUCCACGUUUAUUUAAUAAUCGCGAGAAUUAAAAUUAAACUCGAGAUGUAGGAGUAGAUUAUUUUGAAAAAGAGAUUUUUCCAAAUAGAAUAAAAAAGUUGAAAACAAGAAUUUUGAAAGAUGAAAGGUGACGAGCUCACGUUCGGAUCUAUUUUUAUACUCCUUCUUCUUUGUUCUGGAAUCGUUGGUGAGGAUCGUCGAAGGAUUCGUCGGGAAACGGACGGAUCCGUUUACUGCGACUUCGACGAAACGCGAAACAAUCAUACGGCGUCGGAUUUGUUGCAGUGUAUCGAUGAAUUGGCGGUCGAUCUCGUCGUCGACCGAGAAAGCGCGAGUGCGACGAAUGGAAAUGGUCAACGGAAUGGAUCCACGGGCAGACGAAUCUCUUUCAUCGACGUUUUCUCGAAUAUUUUCAAUAUGCCUGCUACGUCGCAUCAGAGUGGCUCUCUUCCGGCUCACUCGACUUCCGGCUAUCAGCAAUCGAAUUAUCCGAGCGGAACGACCGCUCUUUCCGCGGGAUUUCAACUGAAUUUCCUCGCUGAAGCUCUGUCCACGAUAUCCCGCCACGACGAUUACAAGUGCGUGGCCAGGAUACUGUGCGAGAUGGCGAGUGGAAAACUUCCUGGACGAUCGUUAGGCAAACGGGGAUCCGGCUUCCUCGAGUUCCUCGGCCGAACCGUCUUCACCGAUUGGUUAGCGAAAAUCGACGUCGGUGGUUCGUCUCCAUUGUUGAACUUUGGAACAGCCAUGAUCCUUGGAUACAGCAAUCGAGGAAGUUCUGAACCGUGCUAUCAAGCGUUCCCAAAGUGCCCGAGGGAUAUGAACGGGUUGGUUCAUUACUUGAAUAAUUACAAUGGAGGAUUCUUCAGGCUUUUCAAUAGGAUUCGAGGUGGAAAAUAUAGGGAGUCGAAUGAAAUCGUUGGCCAGAGAGUCGAGGAUUAUUCGAAGAUCGACGUGAAGGGGAGAAUAGUAGGAGGAAACUCGAGGAAGUACAUUCCCAUUCAAAGUGCGGAACCGCCAGAAAUCCGGAAUACGGUUCAGUUUCCAGCUAUGAGUUACCAAGAAUACUUGAAAAAGAAGGGAAUUCCGGGCUACGAUGAUAUGAGUAGCGAAGUGAUAUUUCCGAACGAAAGAGAUCUAUCGAACGUGGAGCCGUCGAACAGCGUGGAAAACGACGGGACGAAAUCUGAAUUGAACAUUUGGAAAGAUAAGAUCGCAUUCUUUCCCGAGGGAAAUCGCGACAGAGGAUUAUCCCGGUUCCGAUUCCCCUCCGAUUUUCCACUCGCAUCGUCGUAACUCCGCUUAUUAAGCAUUCAAACCAUUCAAGCCCGGCUAAUAAAUACCUCGUUAAACGUAAUUCGAAUAAAAUAUUAUCUUCGUGAAAAUUCGAAACGCCGAGAUAUUAAAACCCUUGGACCGUUCCUUAAACGAUAAUUGUCAAACGAUCCAACGUCGAAUUUCAAUUUGCCAGCGGACGAAGAAGGAACGUAUCCAACGCAUAUACGUCGCGCGAAUUCAUUGUAGGAUUAUCUUCGCAUCCGAGGAAUCUCUCUCUCUCUCCUUCUCUCUCUCUCUUCUGUACGCGAAGACACGGAUGGUACAGGUUUCCGACCAACGUCGUUUAUUUCGUCACCGAAUGCCCCCAUCGGUAUAUUUUCUAUCCACCUGUACGGGAGUUGCUCAUAACAGGAAGUCGUGAGUCGACGGUGAACGCCGAUGUUUACUGGCGCAGACCGCCAUUUGUGGAAACAGCAUGGGGCGCCGUUAGGCCAACUUGUCCAAUGAAUCUGCGCACCGCUUGUACGAGCCGCUUUAUGUCUCAGUUACGCGCCUCGAUAAAUUGUAUUUUAUCUCGUUUCGAUUUCCUGCUUCCCGCCACUCCAAUGUACUCGCGUAUUAUACAGCCGUGAGACUCUUUUUCACGCGGAAUGGAAGAUUGGAUGGUGUCAAGUGUACGAAGUAUGUACAUAAACGUAACAGCAACGUGGACACGAAGCUUUUUAUAAUACGAAAUGAAUCGAAUAUUAAUCGAAUUGUUCCGCGAUAUUGGAAAAUUUAUUAUUACAAUUGAUUACGGAAAAAAUAAAUGCAUUUCUUUGAAAAGAGAAAAGAGAUAAAUUAUUUCUAGGGGAUCUUUAUCCCUUAGAAAGAAAUAUCGAGUUUUUAUAAAUAAGUAGGGGCUAUUACGCCACGACGCUUACGUAAAUAUUUCGGUAGCAAUAAAGAGGGGUGGAGAUGUAAACGGAUCGCGAGUGUUGUAUUCACGCGACACGCGAAUACAUUCCUUCCCCUCCCCCUCCAAAACAGUCAUUUUCACGUUAAACCUACGUUUUCCACAGGAGUCGUUCACUUUCACGCGUAUCAUUCGUUGCACCCUUGUACGUUACUCGUCGCGUACACCUGCGAUUACUUACGAGAGGAACGCGAUAAUUUUCGCGAUAGAAGAUAGGAGACAGGUAACAAUCAAUGGCCACGGUAUAUAUUUAUCAUUGGGCGGAGCGCGAGGAGGAAUUAAAUUAUGCAACGCGGCAUAAUAACGGCCCGUUACAGCCUGUCACAGUCGACCCUUUUGCCAAGGCGGAGGGUGUUAUCGUACGCUCCGAUAAAAAAAAGGAAAAAUAUAAUCUAAAUGGCAUUUUCGCGUUCACCCUAAUCACAUCUCUUUAACCAAUCUCCACCAAUAUAUAUACUUUCCUAUCGCCGUUUCAAAUUUUGACAAAUCCUCCGCGAGAAGAAGUAUCCUCUACGAGUUUCUCUAAUUCCAUUCGUCAUCUCUCGAUCAAAUUCGACCGAGGCUUCUCGAAAACACGAUUCUAAUCUAUUCACAACAACCAACCGCACGCAUAAACCGCAAAUUCCCUUCUCCGAACACCCGUUUCUCUCUAGGAACGUCCCCGACACGCGUCCCCCGAAACUUUUUCUCUUUUUCCACGAGAUUCGCGCGUACGGAUCUAUUUGGGAAAGGAAGGAAGGAAAGAAAAAAAAAAGAAAGAAAGACAGAUAGAAGGGAGGAGGAGGAGGAGAGAGAGAGGGACGACGUGUAAUUAUUUUAUCCUUUCCAGCGUGUAAUUCGAGGCGGUGCUCGCGGCGAUCGAGAUGGCCGUUGCCCGGAGGGCCGUGUGCCUUGGACAAGGCGAGCCGGGGGUGCAACUGACAGCCUGAAAGACAAUUAGCCUUCUGAUACAUCCGAUGUCGCGAGCCUCGAAAGGCGGCGGAGGCGCGACAUCGGGGGAGGAGAGGGUGGGUCUGUGAUUGUUGCCGGCGAUCGAAAACACGAUUCGCCCUUCGACGCGGGUUUUCGAGCCGUAAUUGAAACGCGGUGAUUUUUGUAUCGCCGUUUCUAUUAUGGGGGAGGUGCUUUGCGGGGGAUUUAAUUUGGGAGAUUGGGGAUGAUCGGGGUUCGUUGGACGGGGUUUCUUCGAGUCGUGGUUUAUCCGAGGCGUGAUAGAAUUAACUUUCGCUUUGUUUAUUGAAUAUCUGUAAGAAGUUCCGUCAUAUGAAACUAGUUUAGAGGAUGGAGGAAAUUAUGUUCUUCGAAGCUUCUUUCUCUUUUGGCUCGAUAUUUUUGAUCGGUUGUCGAGAUGAUCGAAGGUAUUUAAGAUUAUGAAUACGCCAGAUUUUGCGAUUUGCAUUUUUUGGAAACUGCGUCUGUUAUUUGUUUGUACUUUGAAGCGAGCGAAAAAUUGGAAGAAGAGAAAGGAGAUAUUAAAAAUUAUCUUUUUACACGAUUCUUUUGAGAUAGUCUCAAAAGGAAGAAGUCGUAUCGAAAUAAACAAAAAAGCGUUUUAAAGAGCAAGAUUGCAUAUCUCUAACGAUCAUUCGUUAAUUGAAAGAAUUAUAUUCGGGAUUAUAACAGUCUAAUUUUUGCUCGCAACGAUCUUAUUAAUAACAUAUGCAUUUUAUAACAUUUAAAUUUUAAAAAUUCCACACAAUUUGUAAGCACCUGUGCGAAAUUUUCCAUUCUACUUAACACGUACAAUUUUAAAAUUCUCCCCUGAAACCAAAGGUUUCUUCAUUUUCAUCCCCCUCCCCUCCCCGGAACCAAUUGGCGAACGUUGCCAGCCGAAAUUGAACGCGCAAAUCAGGGUUGGGUAACCUGUUAACCAGACCCAAACCCGUUGCCGCAAAGGAUCGUCGCGACGCCGCCAGUCGUCGUUGCUACGUAAUCUCGCUCUAUUAGGGCGGUAUUAUUUUCCGUGGUAGACAUCAAAGAGGAUUUCCCGCGGGCUCAUUGUAUCGUGGCGAUAAUUCCUCGUUAUUAGGAGCCGGGAGAGCGUUGGUGUCUCGUGUCGGCUUACAACACCCCAAGUGGCGAAACAAAUCCUCCCGAAUUGGAGGCCGGAUGCAAAGGAGGCUGUGCGCGUUGACAAAAGAGGGGAGGGGAGAGGGGAGCUGGUCGAUCGUCGCGACUAAUCCCCGUGAAAAAUGCGACUCAGGUGAAUCCAGGUGAGGAGAUUGCGGCGAGGGAAAAUCGAAUUUUCAACGGACACCGCGUCUACACGUGCUCGAUCAAGUGUGAGUCCCUUGAUCGGAUAAAAAUAAUUAGAUAGCUCAGGGGUGGAUAUAAGUGGGGGGAUCCUGAUUCGUUGAUUAAUACGGAAGAGUAUUUUUGUCGUCGUUGAUGAUGAGAGAAGUUUUGGAGGGAUUUGAGAAAUUAAACCGGUCGCCGAUUCUUUCCAGAUGUUUGGAAAGGAACUUUAAUUUGGACUUGAGUAUAGAUUGAGAUAGAGAUAAUUAAAUAUCUCGAGAGAAUAUAUACAUGUAUGUGGAGAGUUUUAAUAGUAAUUUGUAGAUAGCUUGUUGUAAUAAAAAAUAUACAGAAUAAAUAAAAAAUAACGUAUAAAUUCUUUCAGAUUUGCUAAGUGAAUUAAUGGCAAUUCGGGCCACGUGUUUCAUACCGUGAAAGUUUCUACGAGCGAAAGCAAUCGUACGUGCCAUUUUUCAAUCGAGGGACGGGAGAUAUUCGCGCAUGUUGGGAGUCGGAGCAAAUUAAAAGGAUUCCAGGGAGCGAGUUAAUCAAGGAUCAAUAACACGGUAGACCGAGCUCGGAAUAAGACAUAAAUUCCCCUUGGUAUUUUUGCUCUCCGUUUAACCAUAAAACGCACCGUCCAUCGUCCUAUUUUAGCUAUAUAUUUUUCUCCAACCAGCGUUCCACAACGGUCCCCAAUAUCACCCUUCAGUGAUACGCCAGUAGUAAUGAAGGGUGGAAAAAGUCGAAGUAGAAGCAAAGUGAAGUUUCGUUUCUACCUACAAUAAUGAUAAUUUACCUUCGGAUCGGAUGGGUAUUAAAAUUUCUAAAUUUCAGCCAAACUGCACAAUUGAAUUCUCAAUUGAAAAUUUUUAACAAAAUCUACCAUUUUUCGAAAUUUCAAUCAAAUCGGUCGAACGAUCUGGCAAAUCAAUCUUAUUCAACGAGGCUGGCCAGGAUAUACGGAAUGGAUUUGUAUGGUCGGACAAGUGUUUUUCAGAAUUCUAUGCGAUGGUGUGAUCUCUUGAACGGCGAUCGCAGGCGAGGGACACCGCAACCCAACCAGAACUGUCCACCCGUUUCACGGAUGGAUUUUUCAAUUUAGAGGCAUCUUUGUCGCGAGGGUUGGCCAAUUCGAGCGGACAAAAGAAGCCGUAGAUCCCGGUGAAAACUGGCCCUCCCUAUCGGCUCCCUCUCCCUUUCCCCCUUCCCUCUAUCGCACGAAUAAUUCGGGGACGAGGAUGAAAAUUUCGCGACCCACGAUCCACGCCAUGGCCGAUCCUCGUGGCCACCACGGAUAAGUGGAUAUCACGAAAAUAUCCCUCGCUCUCGUUGUCGUCACUACUGAGAUUUCUCCCUUCCCCUUUAAACCGUUCGAGGCGGGCCUUUGUGUUCGACCCGAGCGUCGAACCGUGGACGUGAUCGAUUGUCCCUUUAUUGCUUGUUUUAAAUGCUUUUAAUGUUUGACAUCUCUGUCUUUCAUUUAUCGCUUUCACGAAACUAUAUCGUGUUCGAAGUGAAUGAUGAAGUUUUAGAAAUGUGUUCGUUUAAAGUUCACAGAGAUGCAGAGUAUUUUGAGCAACAAUCGAUGAGGUUUCCGAACAAUUUUAAGUUGUAAAAGUGUUCUCAAAAUUCAAAGCGAAAUCGUUCAAAUUUCGAUGUAAUUUAAUCUCGCAAUAAUUUCCAUUUUUAUUCAUCUUUAAAUAAAAUUUAAUUUCGAUAUCGA